CCAGUCCAGUCCCUGGAUAGAGGUGUAUUUUUAAAAUAUUGUUUGUUUACUUGAUUCCGCCGUUUUGAAACGUUUUAGCAUGCGUACGUAACUAUGUUGGCGUAUCGGUCCAAAGGUGGCUCAGACGAACCGGGUCUCAGUGAUGCCUUAGCGUCGCGUUACGUGAGACAGAGCAAGCAAACCUAUCGCAAAGUUUCCCUAUUGUACAGUAGAUGAGUGCGCGUGGACUUUAGGACAGUCCAGUACGUCUGUCCUCUUGACAACACUACUUCGUCGGUGUCUCGAGUUUAGCUUUGUUUUUGGGACCGUAUUCGUCGUCGGUCAAACACGGUGGACUUUUCGUCGUGUCCGCGGACAGGUUUAGUGGAUUUACGUCGUGUCCAAGGAAACGGAAGAUUAGAAGCUGAUGCUGUUGAGGUGAUUCCUGAAUCGUUCCGAGUCCAUCUCUCUUCCUCAACUCCGUCUCUACAUGUGCCAGGGGCAGUACGGGUAUAGCAGUGGGCCGCUGUGCUGACGGACUUGGUGACAUUAGGAACUCCUGCCUUGGUUCCCUCCAUUGUGUCUAAUGGAUCUCAGGCUUGCCUCAUUGACGCUCUGUACACUACUGAUUCUCGUGACCUCUGGGCCACAGCCAUCCAUUGGACAGAAGGUUUACACCAACACAUGGGCCGUCCACAUAAUAGGGGGCGAGCAGGAAGCUAACCGGAUUGCUACAAAGCAUGGCUUUAUAAACCACGGGAAAGUAUUUGGAGAUUAUUAUCACUUCAGGCACCGCACGGUGGUGAAGCGGUCUUUAUCAGAGCACAGAGGAACACACAUUCGUCUGCACACAGAUCCCCAGGUAAUGUGGGCGGAACAGCAGGUGGUAAAACGAAGAGCGAAGAGGGAUAUUUACAGUGAUCCGACCGAUCCGAAAUUUGCACAGCAGUGGUACUUGUACAAUGAAGAUCAACGUGACCUCAACGUGAAGGAAGCCUGGAAGCAGGGCGUCACUGGACAAGGCGUCGUCGUGUCCAUAUUAGACGAUGGAAUUGAAAAAAACCACCCAGAUUUGCUUCAAAACUAUGAUCCAGAUGCUAGCUAUGAUGUUAACGAUGGCGACCCAGACCCUCAACCUCGAUACACCCAACUCAACGAUAACAGACAUGGGACACGUUGUGCCGGAGAAGUUGCUGCUGUUGCCAACAAUGGCAUGUGUGGUGUCGGAGUGGCCUACAAUGCCAAGAUCGGAGGUGUGCGCAUGUUGGAUGGAGAGGUCACUGAUGUGGUGGAAGCUCAGUCCCUCAGUCUCAACCCACAGCACAUCGACAUCUACAGCGCCAGCUGGGGACCCGAAGACGACGGCAAAACGGUGGACGGACCUGCAAAGUUGGCCAAAGAGGCUUUCCUACGUGGUGUACUAGAGGGCCGCGGAGGACGGGGCUCCAUCUUCGUGUGGGCUUCGGGGAAUGGCGGCCGUGAGAAGGACAGCUGCAAUUGUGACGGCUACACCAAUAGCAUCUACACGCUGUCGAUCAGCAGCAGUACACAGAACGGCAACGUGCCCUGGUACAGCGAGGCCUGUUCGUCCACCCUCGCCACAACCUACAGCAGUGGAGGCCUCAAUGAGAAACAGAUUGUCACUACAGACCUCAGGCAGAAGUGCACAGACUCCCACACAGGCACCUCAGCUUCGGCCCCGCUGGCGGCAGGAAUCAUCGCCCUCGCCCUUGAGGCCAAUAAAAACCUAACCUGGAGAGACAUGCAGCAUCUGGUUGUGAGGACGUCCAACCCUGCCCAUCUCUCCACCAAUGAUUGGAAGAUAAAUGGAGUGGGUCGCCGAGUAAGCCAUUCUUAUGGAUAUGGUCUGCUAGAUGCUGGGGCUAUAGUGGCUCUGGCAAAGAACUGGACAAAUGUUGGACCUCAGCAGAAGUGUGUCCUUUCCCUGGUGUCUGAGCCCAUGAAUAUUGGGAGCCAUUUGGUGAUCACCAAAAGUGUGGAUGCAUGUACUGGGACGGCCAACUUUGUGAGCUCAUUAGAGCAUGCUCAAGCCCAGCUCACCCUGUCCUACAACCGCAGAGGAAAUCUGGCCAUCUACCUGAUCAGCCCGCAGGGCACCCGCUCCACACUGCUUGCUCCGAGACCUCACGAUUACUCCUCUGAGGGCUUCAAUGACUGGGCUUUCAUGACCACCCACUCCUGGGACGAAGACCCUCGUGGAGAAUGGACGCUGGAGAUCGAGAACGUGGCUGGAACCACAGACUAUGGCACUCUGACUCAGUUCACACUGGUUCUCUAUGGCACGUCGUCUGGUUUAUCCAGCCCUUCAACAGCAGACUCCAGCCAGACCGCUGACAGCAGCUGCAAAACCUACGACCUCAAUCAGAUCUGCACAGAGUGCAACCCCGGGUUCUACUUGUACCAGAAGGGCUGUGUGAGAGACUGUCCAGCCGGAUUCACCCCGGGUACCCGUUCCACCUUCCUCCCCAACAACGAGGUGGCACCCGUCCUGCACCCCACCUGCCUGCCCUGCCACCCUGUCUGCCUCACCUGCAGCGCCACAGGGUCUCAGGACUGCCUCUCCUGCCCGCCUCACAGCCACCUGGACGUCGUCGCCGGCACUUGUCUGCACCAGAACCAAAUUCUGCGUGAGUCUCCGGAUGGCGGACUGUUUCGGAUGCAAGGUGAUGGCACGUCCCUGAAACCCCGGGCCAAGCUAGCCUCUCACAUGCCUGUUACCGUGGCGGUGCUCAGCUGUGCCUUCAUCGUGGCUACGUUUGUGGGUGUGUUCGGCUUUCUGCAGCUGCACGCGCGCGACCAGAACAAACUGCACUCUGUCGGAGCAGAGCCGGGAUCUGGCUUACUGGUUGGGUUCGGCUUGAACCGCACCGCAGUUGCCUACAAGGGCAUCCCGAGCGUUUGGGGGGAGGACGAGGGCAAUUCCGAGUCCGAGAAUGAGGAAUUCGAGAUCCACAAUGAGAGGACUGCCUUCAUCAAAACACAAAGUGCUCUUUAACCAUGUUCCUCCCCUCUCUAGCCUCUACUGCACUGUUGUCUCUUUUUUUUUUUUUUUUUUUUAAAUGUGUUUUCAUUCUGGGGUUCAUCUGAACAUAUCUCACUCUUGGGGCAUUUCGGUUUGUUUUUCCCACCUGUCUUAGUUAUAUGAGCCAUGAUUCACCUGGGCGUUGACCUCUCGGUGCCUCAACAUGGAAAGCUUCCAAACACAAGCGACGGGGAUGAGACGAAACUACAAUAAACAUGAUUAUUGUUUGAUCUGUUCCUCUUGCCUAGUGAGAUUUAAAGAAACAAUGCGAUUGAAAUAUUUGCAUACGAGAAUAACAAAGCUUUUCUGUGAGUGAGUGAGUGAGUGAGUGAGUAUGUGAAGUGAGUAUGUGAAGUGAGUAUGUGAAGUGAGUAUGUGAAGUGAGUAUGUGAAGUGAGUAUGUGAAGUGAGUAUGUGAAGUGAGUAUGUGAAGUGAGUAUGUGAAGAGUAUGUGAAGCGAGUAUGUGAAGCGAGUAUGUGAAGCGAGUAUGUGAAGCGAGUAUGUGAAGCGAGUGAAGUAAGUGAAGCGAGUAUGUGAAGUGAAGUAAGUGAAGUAUGUGAAGUGAGUGAAGUAAGUGAAGCAAGUAAGUGAAGUAUGUGAAGUGAGUGAAGUAAGUGAAGCGAGUAUGUGAAGCGAGUGAAGUGAAGCGAGUAUGUGAAGCGAGUAUAUGAAGUGAGUGAGUGAAGUAAGUGAAGCGAGUAUGUGAAGCGAGUAUAUGAAGUGAGUGAGUGAAGUAAGUGAAGCGAGUAUGUGGAGCAAGUGUGAGUGAGUGAAGUGAGUGAGUGAAACUAUGUUUAUAUGAAGUCAGUCAAUGCUGCAGUGGGUCGGAUCCACUGGCUUUGCGCAGGGAGCCUUUUAGAAGAACAUAUCACUAUUUCUACAUGGUCAGAGAUGGAGAAGAGAGCAGCAUAAUGUCUUGCACACAUUUAUAGAGCUUACUGCUCCCCCUGGAGCAUCUGCAUUGCUGAAUUCAUGAUUUUUCUUUUAUGUUGGCUUUUUUUAAGGAAUCCUUCUCCAAAAGAUAACAUUUCUGUCAUCAUUUGCUAACACUCUAACCCUCAUGUCACUGCAAACCUGCAUGACUUUUUGUCAAAAGUCCAAAUGCUUUUUGUCCAUAUCACCAAAAAUAAAUGAGGACUAGGGCUUUUCAAGCUCUGAAAUGACAUUACAAAUGUUUAAUGUUUAUUGAAGUAAAUUUAAAAAAAUGGUCUAGUUAAUUUUUAUAUGAAUUGAAUUUGGGUAACUGGGGCCAUUCGCAUAAUAUAUUAUGGUACACGCACAUAAACGUAUUUUAUGCAACUUCUGUGCUGUUUUCAAAUGUCAUUCAAUAUAGCUCAUCAAAAUGUCAAAAUCAUGACGUCAAACCUGUAUAUUUGUUGUUUAUAUUUUAUAUAUCAGAUUUUAAUUAAACAUGAGCAGGAAUGGCAUUUGAAAUGGUGCAUGGAUGUGCAGGAGAAUAUUAUCAGCAAAUAGCGACUUAAAUUUCAACAUUUUUUCCUCAUGUAAAAUUGAUAUGACAUCAAACGACUUUAAAUAUAGUGCACAAUUUUUUUGCACCACUUGUAUGGUGUUUUUGUUAUCUUUUUUUUUUUUUGAUGCUUGACAUCCUCUAAAUAAAUAAGCUCUGGUGAUUCUACAAAGUGACUUGUUUCAUUACAGCAAGAUCUCAUGCAGGUUUGAAACGACACGAGUUAGUGAAUAUGGUAAAUAUUUUCUUUUUUGGGUGAGAGUUUGCUUGCGAACUGCAGUAUCCCUGCGCUCUUUGACUGUACGUAGGUGAGAAACUCUGAUGUCGGCCAGCCUCUCCGAGCCAAUUAAAUUCUGUCCUCCAGUCAAGGGUUUGAAACAGUAGAAAGAGUCUUUGCUAAUGGCCCAUCCUGAAAGGACCUGGCUUCCUUUUUGUCAUGUUUAUAUAGAGAUUAUGGAGGUUUUGUUCUGCACAGUAUAGGUGUCUUUUUGAAAUAAAUCAGAGAAAAAGCUCUCAUGACCACCGCCCCGAGCAGCUGUCCGAUAUCACUUAGGAUUGGUUUAGUUUUAUCUGCUCAACAGUCUUUUCAUCAGGUCUUUUUCUUUGCUUACUACUGUUUAUUAUUAGUAAUAUGCUUGGCCUUGUCAGCUCAUCUGCAACCUGCCCAGAAUAUAGUAGUUGUUUUUCUGUUGUUUUCUGAAUCACAUAUUCAUGAUCUUACAUAUGUUGGUUUAAUGCAGUAUCUUUACGAAAUGACAAUGUUAUCUAUUGAAUCUGUGCAAUAGAGACCCAACAGAGUUAUGCGAUGUUAUGCUGAUGGAGUUGGAGUCCGCCUUCAUUUAUCAUAUCGUGUAUAUAUAUAUAUAUAUCAUAUCACAGUGAUUUGUGAUAACUGGUGAUCAUGAUCAGCCUUUCAAAACCAUUGUUGUUUAGUCUCCUUACGGCUGCGCAAAACAAAUACACAAGGACACAGCUGUGGCCAGUCCACAAACCACUUGUUGGGUAGGACAAACAAAUCUUUAUUUCACACUAUCAAUGCAUCAGCAUUUUGGUAUAUUGAAAUGUGUCUUGUUUAUCUACACGCUCUCAUAGUACAACGUCCCUAAACCAACAGAACGUCUUCACAUAUGACAUCCAAUUUUGCAGCUGUUAAAUAUUGAUAUUUUACAAUAAUGUUGACCCCACUGAGCUCUUUCGCCCCCUGCAGUAAUGAUUUGGCAUUACAGCUGUGUUUUGGAAAGCCUUAAAGUGUGCAAAGGCAUGACCAAAGACCACAGGAUGAAAAUCUGCUUGCCUUAGAGUGAUAACAUGACCUGAAAUAAAAAUUAAAAAAAAAAAAACACACACUGAGUAAAUUAAUAAAUAACACAAUGUUUUGGGUGUUUUUUUUUUUUUUGUUGCAAUGUUAGUUGCGGUUUUAAAUUGGGUCGCUGGUUUGGCCAUACACAUUUAAAAAAUGCUUAGAAUGGGUUGUUGAAUGACAUUUUUAGCAUGUGUGGUUGUGGUCAAAAUGCUGGUGACAGCAGUUUUUACGCAGGUCAUGCGCAAUAUGCUUUCACCCUGAUGGUGCGAUAAUUGCAUUACGCUUGAGAGUUUGUGUGUGUGUGUGUGUGUGUGUGUGUGUGUGUGUGCGCGUGUUCAGGCUCAACGAGAACCUUCUGGACUCAUAGGAUUAUUUUCACCUUUAUUUGAAGAGUCAACUGAUGCAUGUAGAUCCCCAAGUAGAAAACACCAAUCAUUUAUAUAACUACCUGAGACGGGACAACGAUAUAAAAAUAAGGCCUAUUUUUGUACUAUAUAUGGUGCAUUGUCAUUUACAUGUAAUUUAAAGAUUAUUUUGCUCUUUUUCUUUUUAUUUAAUUGAUGUCAAUAUGCGAAUUAUAGAUUAUACAAAAAAAAAAAAUAAAGAUCUAUGCAAACUUCA